GAUGCUCUUCAAUCUGGCUGACAUGAAGUUGCAUGCGAAAAGUGAGAAUGAUAAAUCAAUCCCUUGAUGGAUCAUCACCGUGUUCUUCUGAAAGGGUGCUUUUUCAUGAAGAUUUGAUGCGCUACUCACCACCUGUCUCUCGCUCCGCUCCUCUGUUCUCCUCCAUAUCUAUCUGCUAGGAAGUUUCCUUGAAUGUACUCAUUAAAGUUACCGUAUAAAUGGUUGCAAGUUUGAAUUCAGUACGCAGGAAGACUGAACGUUUUGCCCGCACAGACAAUUUCAUCCUAGCUAGAGGAAUUUCUCAAUCAAGAAACCAGCAAGACCUGCCUCCACGAUCCCUCUAGCCCUUCACUUAUUUUUCAAACAGAUGAUGAUAGUAACAGCUUAACUAAACUCUAACCCACAGCACCCGGGCUGAGGUGAAAAAAACCACACAAGCAUAGCUUUCUGAAGUUGAACAUAUACAUACAGUACCAUCUUCAUUUUAUCCUUGAUCAUCUCUUGAACGAUGCGAUAUAGCAUAUAACCUCUCUUUCCUGCUAAUUCUUUUCUGCCUCCGACAUGGUACCACCAGAUGAUGUCUUUGUUAUUAGCUAAUUAAUUCUGCAUCUUCUAUGGGGAAUUGGGUUAAUUCUUGAAACAUCUCUUUCAGUUUUAGAGUUAACUUUUGACUAUUUGUUUUGUUACUUCACAAAUAUAUCCCUCCCUUAUAACCCAGCCAAAAUACAGCCCAUUCCCGGCCACAACAACUUAGAAUUUAUGAACUUCAAUUCUCAGUAUCUAAACCUUUAACAUCUUCUCUACAAGCUUCUUGUGAAUGGCCAUUUUCAGUGCCUCGAGAGGCAAGCCCAGGAAAAGCACUAUUUUCCUUAACAUCUCCUUUCUCUUCCUCUUCUUGUUCUAUAUUGCAACCUCAUAUUUUCCUGACCAAUUCAAUGAGCCAGAAGUCACCACAAAACAUUCUUUAGUGCUUCAAGAAGAAUUGACCAAAACUGAUGGCUGCAGCCGAAUUCAUGACUACACAGAUUACAAAUCCAAGUGUGUGUACAUCAAGUCUAAUAUUGGGUGCAGGUCUAAAGGGUAUAUAAACUAUCUCCAAAUCUUUUACUGUACUUGUGGUAAAUUUUCUAUGCUUGGUCACGUUAUGCUGUUACUAUGGCUGGCUGUUCUGUUCUAUCUGUUAGGCAACACAGCAGCAGAUUAUUUCUGUCCCUCCUUGGAAAACCUGUCCAAACUCUUGAAGCUUUCUCCAACUAUUGCUGGUGUCACCCUUCUUUCGCUUGGCAAUGGCGCUCCUGAUGUUUUCGCUAGUAUUGUUUCCUUCACUAGGUCUAGCAAUGGUGAUGUUGGCCUGAAUAGUAUUUUGGGCGGAGCUUUUUUCGUGUCUAGUGUGGUGGUUGGUGUUAUUAGUUUAUUGACUAGUCCUCGCCAAAUUUCGGUUGAUAAGUGUAGCUUCAUCAGAGAUGUCUGCUUCUUUCUGUUCUCUCUAUGUUGUCUUCUCUUGAUUAUUCUUGUUGGAAAAAUCUCCUUGUGGGGUGCAAUUUCUUUUCUUGCUAUCUACUUGGGUUAUGUAUCUGUGGUUUGCAUCAUGCACUUUCAGUCCAGAAAAAAGAAUCACUUAACUGCAGACGGUAACCAGGAGGAAUUUUUGGAGAGGGGUAUACCGUUACUCGGUUAUGCUGAUGAUGAAAAACCAAUUUUGGUGGACAAAACCACUGAUGAAGAUCAGCAAAGCUCAUUGAUUUUUUGUAAUCUCGAUUCAUCCUUUUGCUAUUACUUGGGUAGGCUUCUGUAUGUUUUGGAAUUCCCUCUGUACAUCCCUAGAAGAUUGACUAUACCUGUGGUUAGUGAGGAGAGAUGGUCAAGGCCAUAUGCAGUUGUUUCUGUGGCAUUAGCACCAAUUCUAUUGGCAGCACUGUGCACCUCCCAAAGAGAAAAGGAGUUUGGCUCUAAAAGCAGCCUAGUGACCUAUAUGACAUCAGGAUUGAUUGGGAUGGUUCUUGGCAAUCUUGCAUAUGUGACAACGAAGAAGUCUAGCCCACCGAAGAAAUCCUUGUUCCCUUGGCUUGCUGGUGGGUUUCUGAUGAGUGUAACUUGGUCAUAUAUUAUUGCUGAAGAACUGGUCUCUUUAUUGAUUUCACUAGGGUAUAUACUCGGGAUUAACCCUUCAGUUCUUGGAUUGACUGUCCUGGCUUGGGGCAACUCCCUCGGAGAUUUGAUAGCUAAUGUUGCCAUGGCAGUAAAUGGUGGGGCAGAUGGGGUCCAAAUCGCCACAUCAGGCUGCUAUGCUGGUCCCAUGUUCAAUAUGUUGCUGGGUUUGGGCAUUUCACUGAUCAUCUCAUCUGGGUCCAAAUAUCCCUCUUCAUUUGUCAUCCCCAAAGACCCUUCUCUCUACGAGACUCUAGGGUUCUUGAUGGGGGGCUUGCUCUGGGCCCUUGUGAUCUUGCCGAGGAAGAACAUGAGGCUAGAUAGGUCUCUCGGGAUUGGUCUCUUGGCUAUAUAUCUCUGCUUUCUGUCUUUGAGGCUGGCCAGAUCUCUUGGUCUCGUGAAACUCCAUGAGGUUUCUUAGUCUCUUCCUUCAAAGCUCGAUCGAGUUGAAAAUGAGCUUGGAAAUAUUGAACCUUGUAAUUCAACUAGUUAUACGUUACUGUACAGUAUUAUAAGAAUCAAAUAAUCGAGAUGGUUUUAAUUUCUGCUGCUCUUGCAGCAAAUGCGAUAUAAAUUACUGCAGGUUCCUGA